AUGGCGGACUUGGAUCAUACGGAGCGAGUUGCUUUGCUUUAUUUGUUGUGGAAAGCUGAAAAACGUCGCCAGCGGCGCCGUCGCUGGGCUCACAACAUCUUCAUGAGACGGUCCCAAUUUGGGGAGUUUCAUUAUUUGCUGCAGGAGCUGCGUCUGGAUGACGGCCGCUUUCAGCGGUACUUUCGCCUCUCCAGGACUCAGUUUGAGGACCUCCUGUCCCGCAUUGGAGCCACCAUCCGCCUCCAGGACACCAAUUACAGACGGUCUAUCCCUGCCGCGGAGCGCCUUUCCAUCUGUCUUCGGUAUCUGGCCACAGGGGACUCCUACCAAACUAUCGCUGAUAGUUUCCCGGUGGGAGUAUCUACCGUCAGUGUUAUUGUCCCUCAGAUGGUGACUGCAAUCUGGGACUGCCUCAGGGAGAGCUUCAUGGCUGUGCCCACCACUGAAGACUGGAGGUCCAUUGCGGAGGAGUUUUACCAGCGGUGGCAGUUUCCCCUGUGCUGCGGAGCUGUGGAUGGAAAGCACGUUCAGAUCCAAGCACCUCCCAUCUCAGGAUCCCUGUUCCACAGCUACAAGGGGCAUAUUUCUGUUGUGCUCCUUGCUGUUGUGGAUGCUCGGUAUCGGUUCCGGGUGAUUGAUGUUGGAGGGUACGGUAGGACAAGUGACGGUAGUAUUCUGGCCAACUCUGCCUUUGGUCAGGCUCUGCAGGAUGGAACACUCCAUCUGCCUCCUGACCAGCUCCUGCCUGGAGCUGCAGACAGAGGACCCCAGCCUUAUGUCUUCGUGGCGGAUGAGGCGUUCCCGCUGAGGAGGUGCAUGAUGCGGCCCUUCCCAGGACGUAGUCGUCUGUCAUCGGAGGAGCGGUCAUUUAAUUACCGCUUGUCCCGCGCCCGGCUGGUGGUGGAGGACGCCUUUGGCAUUCUGGCCUCCCAGUGGAGGUGGUAUCGUCGCCUCAUUGAGGUGCGCACAGAAGUUGCGGAGCAGUGUGUGAAGGCCACAUGUGUGCUACACAACUUCUUGCGGGCUUCAGUGGAUGAUGAGACACCGACAUUGUGGGGUCCAGCAGGUGGGGAGGAGCCAUUGCCAGGCCUGGGCCGAGUAGCUGCCAACAACUCCUCGACAGAGGCACGGCGUGUGAGGGACGUCUUUAAAGACUUCUUCACAGCGGAGGGAGCACUACCAUGGCAGCCCACUGAGUGA